UUUUGGAGUCACAUUGCGCUCCCGUGCGUCGCUGUCAGCAGCAUCAGUCCUCAGUGGACGUCACCACCAGCCUCGGUUUUUGGAUUGGUUACUUAGAUGAGACGCUGUGGCGUGCAUCAACCUGCCCCUCGCACUGAACCUUGAGACAUCGCAUCCACACACUUCAGUCUGGUGGUAUUUUUGCUCCUGGAGUGAGCUGCGCCGCGUUAAAUCAGCGCGCCACGGAAACUUCAAGGAAGUCUUCAACUUUUGGAAGUGUGCGUCGCGGCGAGUCCACACGGCUGUUAAUCCGACACAAGCGGACUAUUUCCUCGGGGAAACUCAACGGAAAGCUUUAUCCUUUUUCUUUUUUCAACCCCCCCCCCCCUCCAAAAAAAAAACAUGUUCACCAAGUGCUCCGUUGUGUUAUUGAAUGCCCUUUUUCUGGUGCGUGCGCUCUCGGCUCACGACUGCACGCCGUGUGGUCUCCGCACUUGCGUCGCCAAAGCGCCGCACGGCUGCGAGGGCGGCCGGAGCCUGGCCAGGGAUCCCUGCGGAUGCUGUGACCACUGUGCCCGGCUGGAGUGGGAACCAUGCGGCGGACAGGACUGGGCGCACGGCUACUGCGCACUGGGGCUGACCUGCGCCUCCGUCAACGGCACAGGAGCGGCCGCGAUCCCUGAAACCGGAGUGUGUAAAGCACUCCCCUCGCAUCCCGAGGCCGGCCUGGAGGACGAGCGCUGUCCCCUGAUGACGGGCUGCGAUAGAGCCGCGGGCCAGUGUGUGUGCGACGCCCGUCACUCCUGCCUGGACUCUUUCCGCUACCCCGACCAGGAAAGCUGCAUGAAGGCCGGCCAGUCAGAGGGUCGGAGGCACGAGCACCGGGAAAGACACAGAGAGAAGUACGUGGGUCCAUCCAACCCGGCCUGCAUGUUCUCGGGGUGUAACCUGACCACCGAGGGCUGCGUGUGCGAGUCUCAGAGCUGCCACCACCACUUCGCCUACGUCAACCGCAGCCAGUGCCAGGAUGCUGCAGAGGAGCUGAGGUGUGCCGGCGUGAUGUGCCCCGCCGUGCCGGCGCCCUCCUGCCCCAAGGGUUCGGUCCUGACCAAGAGUUACACCCCGCCUGCCGGCUGCUGCCCCUCCAUACUGCCCCAGUGCACUUGCGACCCGCGCGCCUGCCACGAGCCCAAGUGCCCGGGUGGGCAGCGCGCCGUGCCGCUCAGCCAGGCCAGCGGGCAGCCGGGGGACUGCUGUGACGUCUUCGAGUGCCCGAAAGUCUCUCCAAAGUGUGUCCACGACGAGAAGGAGUAUUCCGAGGGGCAGGUGUAUCGCGUGGACCCCUGCUGGCUGUGCCGGUGCCGGGGAGGAAUCUCCUUCUGCUCCAAGGCGGAGUGCGCCGAGCUGGAGUGUGAGAACUUCUACGUUCCCGAGGGAGAGUGUUGCGCCGUCUGCCUAGAUGUGGAGUUGCUGUCGAUGGACAGCACCAAGGCCAGCUGCUGGGUGAACAACAAGCUGCGGGCCCACGAGGAGCAGUGGAAAGAGGACGACUGCACCUUCUGCCAGUGUGUGGACGGAGAACCACACUGCACGGCCAUGGCCUGCAAGCAGAGCUGCCAGUACCCCGUCAAGAUCCCCGGAGAGUGCUGUCCCUUCUGUGAAGAACCUUCUUACGAAACAGUUAGCCCCCUGCUGUGCCCUCCCCUGGAGAACUGCUCCCUGUCGCCGAACGACUGUCCCUACGGCUUCCAACAAGACGCGAACGGAUGUCUGCUCUGCCAGUGCCUCAACAAUGACUCCUGCCCUGACCUGGGAAAAUACUGUUCCCUCCAGUGCCCGACGGGAUACAAGACGGACGAUUCUGGCUGCGAGGUGUGCGAGUGCAGCAUUCCCGUGCCAAAGUGCCGCCCCUUGACCUGCUCCAAGACCUGCCCCUAUGGAUUUGUGAGGAACAAGCAUGGCUGUGAGAUGUGCCGCUGCAUCAGGUGUCCUCCCUUCACCUGCGACAAGCACUGCGGCGACGGCUACACCCAGAACAGGAGGGGCUGCUCCGUCUGCGCGUGCAAAGAAAGCGGCCGCGUCCCGAGCACCACGGCCUCGGCGCCGGCGCCCGCCCACUGCCUCACCGCCAACGGGCGCCGCUACGAGGAGGGCGACGGCUGGCACGACGGCUGCCGCGACUGCUACUGCCACUCCGGGCGGGAGAUGUGCGUGCUCAUCUCCUGCCCCGCGCCCAGCUGUUCUCACCCGCUGGUGAGGCCCGACCAGUGCUGUCCCACCUGCGAGGACGAGUCGGGCAGCGGCCAGCUGGAGGGGAUGGACAUGGUGGUUUGCAGGGCACCCGGGGGGGAGUUUUACGUGGAGGGGGAAACGUGGAACCUGGACGAGUGCACGGUGUGCACCUGCAGGAAGGGACGCGUCCUGUGCGACGCCGAGGAGUGUCCCCCCGCUCUCUGCCAGACGCCGAUCUGGAACAAGGACACCUGCUGCCAAGUGUGCCCAGAGGAGGCGCUGAGCCCCUUGCUGCCCGUGAACAGCAGCCAGCAGGAGUACUGCGUCACCAGCGACGGGGACGUGCUGCUGCCGGGGGACUCGUGGAGGGCCAACGCCUGCACCAGCUGCACCUGCCACAACGGCACCGUCCGCUGCUUCUCGCAGCGCUGCCCGCCAGCCGACUGCAGGGUGCCCGUCCUGCGCAAGGGCCAGUGCUGCCCGCACUGCCUGCUGGAAAUGACAACGCCGGUGCCGAGCGGCGUCCCCAAGACGACGACGACGACGACGACCACAGCGGAGAGCGCGACGUGGAUCACGGCCGCCACCGUCCCGCCCGCCACGCCAGAGACAGAUGAGCCGGGUUUGGGCGAGAAUCACCCCAGACAAACGGAGAUGGCGGUCGUCUACCAGUCGGCCGCCUGGAUCCUGGCGGGCCUCCUACUGGCCGUCAUCAUCUUCCUCGCGGUGGCGUUGCUCGUCAACAGGAAAAAGAAGUGGGUGCAGAUGUCCUGCUACAGCGCGCCAAAGAAGACGGUGAUCCUGAAGAAGCACGUCAACAAGAACUCGGUGGUCUACAUGGAGCCCUCCAAGGACAACGCAUUUCACAACGUGAAGCACGACUGCGGCGGCGUCGUGGUCCGUUUCUCCCCCGAAAUGAGCUCCACGCGUGCCGACAAGAUGACGAUCCCCAGGGCCAAGCUGAGCAACACCUGGACGCCGCGCUAAGAACCCCAGAACCAGCACAGCGCCGCUCGAACACUGCCCAUCGGGAGCGGUCCGGCACCACCUCCUCCUCCUCCUCCUCCUUCUUCUCUUACUGCUGUAUCCAUGGUGAUCAGUGCAACAGAAACACACACACACACACCUCGUUCCCACCCUUCUGUCCGUGUGAAACUGAGGACGUUCCUUGAAGAGACAAAGUGUGUCCACAUUAUUUCUUUGGCGCGGCGAAGACGGCGCCAUGUGGACAGAA